AUGUCAAAGGACACACGACCAAGUCAACUUCACCUAUAUAACAAGUAUAUCCAGCAGCUAUCGCAGAAUAUCAUGUCAGCUGAAGUAACUGAAAACGUGCAGAAGUUGUCCGUUAAGGAUGAUGCUCAAAAGCCAGCCAAAGCUCAAAAGAAAUCCAAGCAACAAUCCCUAUAUUUGGACCCAGAACCAGCUUUCAUUGAAGAAAGAAUCGCCUUAUUCGACAAAUUACAAGCCGAAUACAAUGCCAAGGUUGCAUCUAUGCCUCGUGUUCCAUUGAAGAUCGUUUUAAAGGAUGGCGCUAUUAAGAACGCCACCUCUUGGGAAACCACUCCAAUGGAUAUCGCCAAGGAGAUCUCUAAAUCUUUAGGUGAUAGAUUAUGUAUCGCCAAAGUCAACGGUAAGUUGUGGGAUCUUGACAGACCAUUUGAAGGUGAAGUUGCCGAUGAAGAAAUUAGUUUGCAAUUGUUAGAUUUUGAAUCCGACGAAGGUAAGAAGGUCUUCUGGCAUUCUUCUGCUCACGUCUUAGGUGAAGCAUGUGAAUGUAACUUAGGUGCCCAUAUCUGUUUGGGUCCCCCAACUGAUGAUGGUUUCUUUUAUGAAUUCGCUGUUAGAGAUUCUUUGAAGGAUCCAAAGGAAUGUGAAGAAAGAACUGUCUCUCAAGCCGAUUUCCCUAAUUUGGAAGGUGUUGCCAAGCAAGUUAUUAAGCAAAAGCAAAAAUUCGAAAGAUUAGUCAUGUCAAAGGAGGAUCUAUUGAAGAUGUUCCACUACUCAAAGUAUAAGACCUAUUUAGUCCAAACUAAGAUUCCAGAUGGUGGUUCCACCACUGUUUACCGUUGUGGUAAAUUGAUUGAUUUAUGUGUUGGUCCACAUAUCCCACAUACCGGUCGUAUCAAGGCUUUUAAACUAUUAAAGAACUCCUCUUGUUACUUUUUAGGUGAAGCUGACAAUGAUUCUUUGCAAAGAGUGUACGGUGUUUCAUUCCCAGACAAGAAGUUAAUGGAUGCUCAUUUGAAAUUCUUAGCAGAAGCAUCUGCUAGAGAUCACAGAAAGAUCGGUAAGGAACAAGAAUUAUUCAUGUUCAAUGAAAUGUCUCCAGGUUCUGCAUUCUGGUUACCUCAUGGUACAAGAAUCUACAACACUCUUGUUAGUCUGCUGAGAACUGAAUACCAGAAGAGGGGUUACGAAGAAGUUAUUACUCCAAAUAUGUUCAACUCUAAAUUGUGGGAAACUUCUGGUCACUGGGCCAACUAUAAGGAAAAUAUGUUCACAUUCGAUGUGGAAAAGGAACAUUUCGGUUUGAAACCAAUGAACUGUCCAGGUCAUUGUUUAAUGUUUAAGAACAGAGAACGUUCAUACAGAGAAUUACCAUGGAGAGUUGCUGACUUUGGUGUUAUCCACAGAAACGAAUUCUCAGGUGCCUUAUCUGGGUUGACUCGUGUUAGAAGAUUCCAACAAGAUGAUGCUCAUAUCUUCUGUAGAGAAGACCAAAUUGAAGAAGAAAUUGAAAAUAUUUUUGAAUUCUUGAAGUUUGUUUAUGGUGUUUUCGGUUUUGAAUUCAAGAUGGAAUUGUCUACUAGACCUGAGAAGUACGUCGGUGAAAUUGCUACUUGGGAUGCUGCUGAAACCAAGUUAGCAUCUGCUUUGAAGAAAUGGGGUGGUAACUGGGAAAUCAACCCAGGUGAUGGUGCUUUCUACGGUCCAAAGAUCGAUAUCAUGAUCUCUGAUGCUCUAAGAAGAUGGCAUCAAUGUGCCACCAUUCAAUUAGAUUUCCAAUUACCAAGCAGAUUUGAAUUAGAAUUUAAGAGCAAGGAUGGCCAAAACGAAGAAAACUACGAAAGACCAGUUAUGAUCCAUCGUGCCAUCUUAGGUUCUGUGGAAAGAAUGACAGCUAUUUUAACUGAACAUUUUGCUGGUAAAUGGCCAUUUUGGUUGUCUCCACGUCAAGUUCUCGUUGUUCCAGUUGGUGUUAAGUACCAAGAGUAUGCUCAAGAAGUCCGUGAUCAAUUACACAACGCAGGCUUCUAUGCUGAUGUCGAUUUGACAGGUAACACUUUGCAAAAGAAGGUCAGAAAUGGUCAAAUGUUGAAGUAUAACUUUAUCUUUAUCGUCGGUGAACAAGAAAUGAAUGAGAAAUCUGUCAAUAUUAGAAACAGAGAUAUUAUGGAACAACAAGGUAAGAAUGCCACUGUCACUGUCGAAGCUGUUGUUGAACAGUUAAAGAAUUUGAAGGAUGAAAAGAGAAACGAUAAUGCGUUGAUUUAA